AUGCGACUUACACCUGUGUUUACAGACAUCACGUAUCACCCGCCGCCGCCGCCGCCCUGCCAGAGAAAUCCGCCAAAGGGAUAUCGCGAUGACACCGUGUGUCACUGCAAGAAAUGGCACACGUCUGACCAUCAGGAUACCUGCGAGGUGGUGGAGAAGAACUUUGAUAUCACGCGGGAUCAGCUCGUCGAGAUGAAUCCAUGGCUGGAGCUCAAGUACGACAACGGCACCGUAAUUGCAGACUGCACAAUUAUUUUCGUCAACGAGGUCAUGUGCGUCGGCCUCUGA